AUUGCUAUUUUUUUCAGCAGUAGGGCGUAGGGCGGUAGUAUUUAAGGCCACAGCUCGUACCGCGUCAACUGCGUUUACGUUAGUUCUCUUUCUUGUUUGUGACAUUUCAUGCAUUAGUUUGGUCAUAGGUAGAUCUUUUCAAUCGCAUUUUUGAUUGCCCACGAAGGGCGAUGCGAAGGUUCGUCAAAAGAAUACGGAUAACAACCUGACAGCUGGCAUGGCGUCGAGCAGCGCGAGCAUUGGCGGCAGUUCGAUGCGAAAGACGCCGGAGGAAACGGAGGGAUAUUUUGCUUGGAUUGAAUACGUGCAGUCUGUAGCGGAAUGUGUAAAUAUGGAAGAAAAGGUACGGAGCGCCGUGAAGAAAACUGAGGCUCGUAAGUGUGAGUAUGUCUGUCAAAUAGCCGAGGCUUUGAAGGAGGAGAAGCGGCUGAAAUCUCUAAUUGCCUACUCCAAGGAGGUUAAGGCAAACAAAGACAAGCUGCUGAAAAUGAAUACAGCGGGCGACAUUGGCCCCCUGAGGGAUGAUCUAGCUCAACAGAACAAGGAGCAUGUGGAUGCUGACGUCGUGGUCAUCAGAAGUACCGAGCCUGUCAAUAAAGAGAAGCUGGGCUCAAGUCUGUCGGCGAUGGCGGCGAAGGGUGGAUCGUUAGAGCGCCUGGCUCUUGUUGAUGCGGCCAAGGCACAGGCGAAAUUUGCUAAAAUGGUCCUGGUUGGUGCACAGGAGAUGUCCAGGAUUUCAUCAUUGAAGAAGGAGAUCGCAGAGGACCUCAAGGCACUGGAAUUCUUAAAAGUAGCACAAGAGGUGUGUCAAGACGAGACUUCAGAUUCUCAGUACAACACUGCUCUCGAUCUUGAAAGUUUGAACCUGUCGCCAUGAUCCUGGGACCGAGAACACAAGAAUGAGUGUUGUUUGCAGCCUUCACUUUGUAAGUUGCCUAAUAAAGAUGGUUUGUCAUUGGA